AUACUCAUGCCUCACAUCUUGUCUAAAAGAAGAAACACACACCACCAUCUCACCUUCACUUUCUUCUUUCUUGUGUACCGUACUCGCAACUUUUGGUAUGUCAGAACUUAGAGAUACCCCAGUCAAAUUGUUUGGAUGGACAAUUACAUCUUCUUCUCCCUCACUUCGACCACACAUGAUAAACAACCAAUCUGCUCCUGAUAACGAAGAACAAGACAGUACAAGUCUUCAGAGAUCAUCUGAUCUCAACGAGGUGUCAAAAGAAACAUCUGAGAACAGCGAGAUCACAACAACAACAACAACUACAUCGGAAGAGAAAACAACUGACUUGAAGAAACCAGACAAGAUUCUUCCAUGUCCAAGAUGCAACAGCGCAGACACCAAGUUCUGUUACUACAACAACUACAACGUUAGUCAGCCACGUCACUUCUGUAGAAACUGCCAGAGGUACUGGACUUCCGGUGGAACCAUGAGGACCGUCCCAGUUGGCUCAGGCCGCCGUAAGAACAAGGGAUGGGUUUCUUCAGACCAUUACAUGCACAUCAAGUCAGAGGAUACUAACAGUUACAAUAGCUCAUCGGCUAAAAUUCUUAGCUUCGAGUCUUCGGGCGAAGAGUCUUUGGUUACUGAAAAUGGUAAGAAUCAAUCAAGCGACUCUGUUUCAAAAAACUUCAACAACUUGCAAAGAUUUCUUCCUCCGCAAGUAACAUCCUCUGUUCCGCCUCCUUGGCCUUACCAGUUCCCUCCUAACCCUACUUUCUACCACAUCCCUGUCUACUGGGGCUGCACGGUGCCAUUUUGGUCUACUCUAGAGCCUUCCACGUGUCUAGGGAAAAGGACAAGAGAUGAAGCUUCACAUGAAAGUGUUGAAGAGAACAAAGACACUUUUGUAAGAGCAAGAUUGGAUUCGAAGUCUCAAAGCAUUAAUGAUGAAGUAGACGUAGCUAAGAAGAAUCGUGUGUUUUAUCCAGUACCGAUGAAACGUGAGAAGACACAGCAGUUCAGUUUAUUCGUAAAUGACUCUGGAACAAAGAGCAGCAGCAAUAGAUCCGUUCCUGAAACGUAUCUAAACCUGCAAGCAAACCCUGCAGCCAUGUCAAGAUCUAUGAACUUCAGGGAGACCAUGUAACGCUAAAGAGAUUUCAGUAUAAAAAAAAAAGAGAUUUCAGUAUACAAUAAUGGUUCGUGUGUUUAUUCAUGAAGAGAGAUUUAGUAGUGUAUUAAUUGCUACCUUGUAAAGGAAGGAACAAAAUAAACUGUAGGUAUUUUUGUUGUGUGGUGAAGCUGUAGAUAUAUAACUUUGAUAUUCAGUAUUAUCUUAUUUAUAUGCCACAGUAACCGUUUUGUGCAUCAUCCUAACGAUGGAUAUGCUGAAUUAUGAUGUCAUCUUAGGUAAAU